UCGUCUUCCUCCUCUGGAUCGAGACCUUGGAGCCUGCUCCGUGGACCUGUCCAUGGAAACGGAGGGCGAUUCCGAACAGAGGAUUAGCCGCGGGCAUGCGGGCAAUACUGGUGCUGCCCGGCCUAUAGAGUCCCAGGCUUCUAUCAGCGUCGCCGAGGCUGACAUUCGCCAUGCAGGGGACCUCCGUAGCGGUGGCGGAGAUGCCGGAUUUCUUGGCGAGGACCCGCUCUUGCAAGUUUGUUCGGAGGCUACGAGCGGAUGGACACGCAGCAGGGUGGCGCCGUGCAUGGUGUGGGCAACGACAUCGUGUCUCAUGCAUCGGCCUCUCUUUGCACCGCAGCAGACGAGGCCAGCGUGUUUGGGCAAGGGCCAGUUGAUCGUGCUGUGAUUGAGAUGGUGGAAGUGGCUGAAAAUGCUGUCGUGCUUCCUCAGAUACAUAACGCGGUUGAGGAGACAGGGGAGUUUGAUCCAUUGGACUACAAUGCUCCUGCUGGUGCUAAUGAGCUCGCGGAUGGUGAUAAUGAAUCGGGUACAGGCAAUGUUGAUCGAGCUGCUACUGAUGAUGACGUCGACAGCCCACCAAGCAAGCGCCUAAAGAUUUAGUUUACCUCGUCCAUGGGAGUUAUGGUGUGGCGUGUGUUUGAAAAUUAGUAUGCUAUGUAGAGAGUGCACGUGAGUUGAAUUAUCUUAGUUCGUCAGUGUAAGCUUAUGGAUUAGAAUGACAAUGAUUUGCUGACGUUGCAAAAAAAUGAUUAAAGACUGGCCUGACUUGUGUGGCCCAAUGCAUGCGUUGUGUGGCUGAUGUGCCUAAGUGCUGCCAUGCAGAAGGGCACGCUGGUAGUCCUGUGCUAACCGGGUUCACCUAACGCUGCUCCGUUAGGACGCAUGCCGAAUGGAUGGAGCAUUUGUAUAUAUACCCCGUCCUGGACCAACUGAGUAUCCAUUCCACCCCACCCC